AUGGCCGAGUACAUGUUGGAGCAAGAAGACAUGGACAGGAACUCGAGUGCAGUCGUUGCGCCCUUGAACAUACAAAAACCACCAAGAUCGCAGGUCAAUGUAUUCAGGCACAGUCGCCAGUCGUCCUCACGAGGAACGCACUCGACCCGGUCGCAGUCGCAGUCGCAAAUAUCUCCGCCUCUGACGCCCAAGACGUCUAGCGAGGCCAUGGUCCAGCAGCCUCCCCCGCAACCCAUCUUCCACAACUACCUACGCGCCUUCUAUCACUACAGUCCAGGCUCCACCGUCUCGUCGUCAACCGACGAAUCCUCCAUCACUGUCGCAAUCAAGCAAGGGGAUGUUAUCUUGGUCCACUCGGUGCACCCAAAUGGAUGGGCAGACGGUACUUUACUGGCAUCUGGAGCUCGUGGAUGGCUACCCACCAAUUAUUGCGAGCCCUAUGAUCACCCCACCAUCCGGAGUUUACUAAACGCUCUAACCCAUCUGUGGGAUCUUGUUCGUGCUGGUGAGAAUGGCGACCUAUUCGCCUUCACAAAACAAGACUAUGUAAGGGGCAUGAUUGCCGGAAUCAGGUUCUUCCUUGAGAGGACUGGCUGCUUGUCAAGAGAUUCGCGUCUCAUUGUCGCACAUGUCGGUCUGCGACGAAUGCGGAAAGGUCUCCUAGGUGAUCUCUCUACACUCGUCAAGACGGCCAAAGUGCUGCAGGAGACGCUGCAAUCAAACGACGCGCCGGUGCCAGUGUUUGAGCAUAUGGACGAGCUCGUACUCAAGUCCUUCAAGCUCGUGACCAGAGCCGUCCGGUUUCUUGACAUUUGGGCCACGGAUGCAGUGGCGCUGUCACUGUUUGAGCUGGGUGAUGCCACGGCUCAAAGACCAUUGACUCCGCCGUCUGACGCUGCUGUGCAACCGCCACCAACAUCACACCGAACGGGCGAAGACACCCUCCCGGCGAAUGCUUGCGAAUCCCCCGUUACACAAGGAGUAUUUUCCGCGCACGAAGACUGGGACUCCGCAACAAGUCAGCUAUCACGUAACUUCAACCGUCUCUCAGUUGCCUUUUCUCUACCCUCGGAGCCAGACUCGCUGCAUUCGCCCAUCCUACCUCCUCAGUCUCAAUGUCAAGUACAUCGACUCUCGGUCACCCACCGUUUGUCUUACACUGGAAAAUCUCAAGGUGCGCGCAAAGGAAAUCUUGCUUCCGAGCGGCUGAACACCGCGCAAGACGCUUUUUUGGGCUUUAUUGGUUCUUUUAUUGGGUUGCACCUACAAUCGCGCUCGUCGGAAGAGCUCGCGCAUAUCACCCAGCAAUCCGUCAUUGCGUGUCGUCAAUUACUCGUAGUUGUGGAGGAAGUAUGGGAACGCGACUCCAGAAGGUCCCAGCCACUAGAAGAAGCCCGAGACACCAUGUACGCACGACUGACCGAACUUGUACAAGCGACAAAGGACAUGUUCUCUGCUACCGACGCUGAGGUAGUUGGAGAGGUUGUGACGCCAGAUUCUGGGAAGCAACUCGUUACCGCUGCCACGAGCUGCGUUCGGUCUGCUGGUGACUGUGUUACCAAAGCUCGGCUUGUGAUCGAGAGGAUAGGGGAUUUCGAGUUCGAAGUGGCGGGCUUGGGACUAUCCGAAGCCAUCUUCCAGCAACUUCCAUCAGUCGAUCAACAACAACAACAACAACAACAACAACAAGAGGACAGGCCUAAGACGCUCAGACUGUCGGAACCGCCACUAGAGACUAAUAAACCACUUCCCGCCCCGCCGGCUGAAGAACGUCAACUUCCGCCUCCACUAGUCAUCUCUGAAUCAAAGCCUUUGCCCGAGGUCCCGCAGCCUUCGCCUGUGGAGAAUAAUAGAGCGAGCCUACGACCUGCCCAACCUGCUGUCAUCGUGGAAAGUCCCACUGCGGUCUCGUUCAGAUCUUCAAGAUCAUCACUGCCGGGUCUUGGUGCAGUACCAACUUCAAUUUUACCCCCACUGAGCGCAACCGAGACUCUCGACAGCCCUGUCAGUAUCACUGGUGGGCCCUUCACCAGUUCGGCCAAGACCGACAGUGUCAACGUCUCCGUAACCGACUUGAGCAGUAGCUACCACUUCAGCAUGCGAGCUGGUUCUGGAAGCGUCGUUUCUCACACAUCGACAAGGGCCACCACUCCUGAACAUUCGCCAUUGAAGAAGCAAAGCACUCAGACAUUGGUUAGCAGCUUUGGCAGUUCAUCAGAGCUUCGGUCUCUGGCAAGCGAGGACGUCGCGGCCGGUGAAGAGCAUCUGUUGGAGACCACCUACGUGCAUGAGCUCAUCUACAACAAGGAAGGUCAAAUCUCCGGCGGGUCUCUCCCAGCUCUUGUGGAGCAGCUUACCACAUACGAAUCUACGCCAGACGCCAUGUUUGUCACUGCCUUCUUCCUCACGUUCCGUCUCUUCACCACCCCGGUAGAACUUUGCCGAUGUCUGAUCGAUCGUUUCGAUUAUAUUGGGGACAGCCAAUCAGUCGGAGUGCCAGUCCGUCUGCGAGUCUACAAUGUCUUCAAGGGUUGGUUGGAAACCCAUUGGUCAGGAGAUAGCGACUCUGCCGCCUUGGGUAUAAUCCUCGCGUUCGCUACGGGAAAGCUACGGGGGGCUAUGCCUGCGGCUGGUAAACGCUUAGCGGAACUUACCUCCAAGGUAACCGAAGUUCGAGCAGGAGCUCUUGUACCGCGCCUAGUCUCUGCCAUCGGCAAGACGGGAGUCUCACACACGGUGUUCACUCCUGCUGACAGUAACGUUCCAUCCUCGAAUAUGACUAAAAGUCAACUCAACGCACUACGCGCUAGCAAGGAAGGCAAGUCACAAAGUAGUAUCCUUGACUUUGAUCCUCUUGAGCUAGCAAGGCAAUUCACCAUCAUCGAGUCGAGGCUAUUCUGCGCUAUACAACCAGAGGAACUCCUUGCCUUGGAGUGGACCAAGAAGGGCGACUCGAAAGCACACAACGUCAAAGCAAUGUCGACUCUUUCAACUGAUUUGGCAAACUUGGUAGCAGAUACCAUCUUGCAUCUUGAGGAUGCAAAGAAGCGAUCCAUCAUGAUCAAGCAAUGGGUCAAGAUUGCAGCAAAAUGCCUAGAGCUCAACAAUUACGAUUCGCUCAUGGCCAUCAUCUGCUCUCUCAACUCCUCGAUGGUAACGCGCCUGAAGAGAACCUGGGAACUUGUAUCUGCGAAAACAAAAGCUCGCCUAGAUGAACUGAAGACGAUCACCGACGUCGGGCGCAACUACGCUGUACUUCGCCAGCGUUUGCAAAACCAUGUCGCUCCAUGCAUUCCAUUUGUUGGCAUCUAUUUGACAGACCUGACAUUCAUCGACGUCGGCAACGGCACCACGCGGCAACUCCCCGGUGAUUCUGGCCGCGACAGCGUUUCGGUCAUCAAUUUCGACAAACACAUGAAGACUGCCAAGAUCAUUGCUCAGAUGCAAUCGUUCCAGGUUCCGUAUCGUCUGGCUGCCAUCCCAGAGAUGCAGGAUUGGAUGGAAACGCAGAUUCAGCGGGUCCGCUCCAGCGACCAGGCAAACGUACAGAGCUACUACCGUCGCUCUCUACUCCUCGAACCAAGGGAGUCUCAACAUUCCACAAGAGGUUCACCAUCCGUCGACAAUAGCGCACAGAGCAUGUUCUCUGCAGACAGCCGCACCAAUACCAAGGACAAGUUCGAGUUCCUGAACUUCAACUUCUCUACAAGCAACCUCCGGGGUUGA